UGAUCACGGAGAAGGAAGAACAAUGAAGAACAACCACAAUCCCGAUAUGGUAUAUUGUGGCGUUACACAUUCAACCACCAUGUUGGAAACCUUACGUCCGAAAGUCAAACCUGACUAUGCUCUCCGGCAGCUGUUCAGGUCCCAAGCUCAUCCUAAACACCUCAGCACCAAGCCAUCCGCCAUGUCCACAGGCGCCCCCUGUGUUGUGAUGGUGGACCCGUACUCCACGGGUGCAUUGCUGGCCCAGGAGCUGGAUCAGCGAAGCUAUGCCGUCAUUGCCAUGUGGACAGCGGAUUCGAGUGAGCUGCGAUGGCGUAUGCCCAAAGCAGCAAAAGGGUUUCCCGAGAAAUUCUUCGCCGAGGUGGACGAGCAGGCGACUGUUGCCUUGACUGCUGACCUGGUCCGCGAUGUGGCCCAGUCCGAGCCGCUGGCUGUGAUUUGUGGCGGAGACACUGGUGUGAAGUUGACAGAUGCCUUGUCGGAGUACAUGGGCUUGCGUGGCAACACCACAGCAGGCGGUGUCAAAAAUCGUCGUGACAAACAGAUGCAGCAGGAGGCCGUAAAAUCUGCUGGAUUGCGAUCAACGCGGUCCGUCUGUGGCCACACUUGGUGGGAAGUGAAAGGCUUCACUGAGGCUGAAGAGUUUCCCAUAAUCGUGAAGCCGCUUGAAUCUUCUGGAAACCAGGGCGUGAAGCUUUGCCAUACCGAAGGUGAGGCAGAAACUCACUUUCACCUUUUGGCCAACUCACAAAGGAAAGGCGGCCCUCAACGAGAGGCAAUCAUUUUGCAAGAGUAUCUCAAGGGUGCUGAGUAUAUGGUUGACUGCGUGUCGCGGGACGGCGUCCACAAGUCUACAAUGGUUUGGGUCACAGAUCAUGGACCCGCCAAUGGUUCUGACUUUGUUCUCUUUGGCAUUCGGUGCGUUCCUUCCGGCAGUCCUCUGGCGCAAGAGCUCAUCGCCUAUGUCCAUGGCUGUUUGGAAGCCUUGCGGAUCACCGAUGGUGCCACACAUACUGAGGUGAUGAUGACCGAGACGGGCCCAUGCCUGGUGGAAGUCAACAGCCGUUGUCAUGGAGCCAACGGGUCAUGGAUGCCAUUGGCGCUGGCUCUCACAGGUUACACACAGGUGGAGGCUUGCGUAGACGCCUUCAUGAACGCAGAGGCAUUUGAUCGACUUCCUCAUGCACCCCCUGAUUUUAUGGCGUUCGGAAUUUUGGCCAUGCUGCUCUCCUACCAUGAAGGGCAUGCGGAAUCCACAUGUUUCGACAAGGUUCGGGAGCUCCAGUCUGUGGUCUUCCUGGAAGAACAAAUGUCUGCUGGCCGUUGGGUGAAAAAGUCGACUGACAUGCCCAGCCUCAUCGGCAUGUGUGUCUUGGUGCACGCUGAUCCCACAGUAGUGGAGAGAGAUUUGGAAGCCAUUCGUGAGAUGGAGCAGGAGGGUUCUUUGUAUGUAUUGGCCGACUAA